AUGUCUCUCGCACACACGGCUGCAGAGUACAUGCUGUCAGAUGCCCUGCUGCCUGACCGCAGGGGCCCCCGCCUCAAAGGACUGCGCCUGGAGCUUCCCUUGGACCGCACGCUCAAGUUCGUAGCAGUGGGCUUCCCCUUGCUGCUGAUGUCCUUGGCGUUUGCUCAGGAGUUCUCCUCCGGUUCCCCCAUCGGCUGCUUCUCCCCCAGCAACUUCAGCGCCCAGCAGGCUGCCUAUGUGGACAGCUCCUGCUGGGACUCACUGGCUCACCACGAACAGGACGAGGCUGGCGAGCACAAAGUGAAGUCCCUGUGGCCUCACAAGGCCCUUCCCUACUCCCUGCUGGCCCUGGCGGUGGCCAUGUACCUCCCGGCUCUGCUGUGGCAGUAUGCGGCUGCGCCAGCCCUCAGCUCAGAUCUGCUGUUCAUCAUCAGCGAGCUGGACAAGUCCUAUAACCGCUCCAUCCGCCUGGUGCAGCACGUGCUGAAGAUCCGACAGAGGAGCUCGGACCCCCACGUCUUCUGGGAUGAGCUGGAGAAGGCUCGGAAAGAACGAUACUUUGAAUUCCCCUUGCUAGAGCGGUACCUGGCGUGUAAGCAGCGCUCACACUCACUAGUGGCUACCUACAUCUUGAGAAACUCCCUCUUGCUCCUCUUCACCUCAGCCACCUACUUGUACCUUGGCCACUUCCACCUGGAUGUUUUCUUCCAAGAAGAAUUCAGCUGUUCCAUCAAGUCUGGGCUGCUAAGUGAUGAGACCCACAUCCCUGAUCUGAUCACGUGCAGGCUGACCUCCCUGUCCGUCUUCCAGAUUGUUAGUAUCUCCAGCGUAGCCAUAUACACCAUAUUGGUUCCAGUCAUAAUAUACAACCUCACACGGCUAUGUCGGUGGGACAAACGACUCCUGUCCAUCUAUGAGAUGCUCCCAGCUUUCGAUCUCCUCAGCAGAAAGAUGCUGGGCUGCCCCAUCAAUGACCUCAAUGUGAUCCUUCUUUUCCUCCGAGCCAACAUCUCUGAGCUCAUCUCUUUUAGCUGGUUGAGUGUCUUAUGCGUGUUGAAGGACACAACCACCCAGAAGCACAACAUUGACACCGUGGUCGAUUUCAUGACUUUAUUGGCUGGCUUAGAACCCUCAAAACCUAAACAUCUCGGCCACCGGGUAUGUGAUGAAAACCCAUAGUCAAGAAACCAUGGAGCAAGAAAUUUUAUGGAAAUUGAAAAUUUCUCUCCUUUUUUACAAGCCUCAUAAAAUAGACAAAAAUACCCACUUUAGAAAUGCUACGCUUGGAUUCAGCUGAAUCAGGCAUCCUGAAUCAUGUUUUCCUCAAGCAAGAACGUAUUAACCACACACAAAAACAAAUCUGAAAGUUGACACUGAAGAGUCAAAGAACUAAAAAAUUAGGCCUAGUGCAUUUAUGAGGACAGGAGAAAAAAAAACUAAAAUUAAAAUUAAAGUCUAGACACCCUACAAGGAAAGAAGGUUCUAAAAGCUAUUUAUGGAGGCAGAUUCUUCUCACUGUAUUUACUUCAUGGCCCUUGUAGGAUGUACACUCACAUUACCCCAGAGAUCAAGUGGGGCAAUCUGCUAAGAGAAUAAAAAUGUAAAAAUCCUGGAAACACUCUGCUGUUACCUGAAACCACAAGAAUUUGCCCAGCUAGCUUUGUGGAAGUCAUCAACCUUGUCAGGUCCUCUGUGGCCUGCAAAGUAGGCCAGGAGGUACUGAUGGCAGGAACUUGUAAUCUGCCUUUGGGGCUG